CUUCGGAUACUUUGCAACUCUCUGCCCAUUUCGUUAGUUAAAGCGCAGUACCCCCUCGGGGGUACGUCGAAUAAGACUGUACAAGUAUUUGGUGACCCAUUGCCAUAUGUUCACCUCUAAGUAACAUGAUACGACGAGAUAUCUCAGCCGAUACGUGGAUAGUCUAUUUGCAGUCCGACGAUAUUUAGCAGUCUGAUAACGCCAUCUCCUACACUGUCCCGCUCGUGUUGGUUACGUUCUUGUUCCUUCUUUUUGUCGAGGUGCAUUUGAAUAUUAGCAAAUGGCCCCAAUGGUCCGAUCGUGAACCGGGUAGAGUUUACGAAAGGUACCAGCAACAUCUCUUAUCAAUGAAAGAGGAACUGCAGGGUGACAGGGGUAGCUUUCCAGCAUAAUGCAGGGAUGCACCGUACAACCUUGGAACUUACAUAACAGGACAUUGAAGUUCAAUCAAUAUCAUUGCAAUUGUGCAACUUUGGUCGUCAUCUACCAUUCUAACAUUUUACUACUUACUCACCUUUCUCUUUCCCCCAACUUUCGACCCGCACGAAUCUCGAAAAUCAAGCAGCACAUCGACAAGCACAACUGCUUAAGCCCACUAACACGGUCGGUUUAACCGGUCACCGAACGAACCAUGUUAGACCGGCUUCCGACAGAGCUCGUCAUUCAGAUCGUCGAAUGGACAGCUGUAGCUCACUAUGGCGACAAGAACACACUUCUCGAGCUGCGCAAGGUCUGCAAGCUAUUCAACCAGAUCUUGAGACCCAUCGCGUUGUGCACCCUUCCGCUCGACUACACGCGCAUAGACUACUACCAGGUGACAUCGAGACGCCGGUUGAAGCGCAAGGCAUUGCGUCGCAUUGCCCCUCUCUGUCAAUCUUUGUUUAUUGACAUGAUGGUCAUUAGAGAUGACGGUGAAUGCCAGUUUCUGGAGAAUGCAUUCGCGUCAAUACCCAAGAUGAUGGACUGGGUAUCGAAAUUACGCGAAUGGUAUUGUAUGCACGAGGAAGCCUUUACCGCCGGGAUGUACCGAGCCUCACUAGAGAUGAUGCUCAAUUACACGCCGAACACGACCUCUGUGAAGCUGAACUUACCUUUCCAACUGGUAGCCUGUGGCCUUCAGUAUCGUGCCUCUACUGUGAUACUCGGGAACACCUUUGAUUUGCUGGCCCACCGACGAAAAGGUUCCAAGAAACUGCAGACAUUGUCGUUGGAGAAUCUGUCCGAUAUAUCCGUCGGGCAAUUGUGGAGCAACCCGUCAGAUGUGAAGAACAUCAUCAAAACCCUUAGCGAUCUACGCCACUUGUCCUUGUCACUGCGACGGCCCUGGGUUGGCGAGGCCCCUCUCUGGCACGCCCGCCGACUGUGGGAGAUGGUAUGCAAAGCUAAGAACCUCGAGAGCUUAUGUCUCAUAGACUUGGACGUUGGCGAGCGUCCCAGGCCCGCGAAGCUCAUUACCACAAAGGUGACCGACUCGGUCCACUCCGACUGGGAAUACCGAAGCCUCCCCGUAAUCUCUCGCCCGCCCAAGUCCGUUUUAUUGCCAAAUUUGACCUACCUCGAACUUCGCAAUGUCAAUGUCAAGGCCGAGGCGUUAGUGUGUAUGUUCAAGAGCUUUGCCAGCUGUCUCCAGGAGCUCUAUCUCGAUAAUGUGUAUCUUAAGACCACCUAUUGCAUCGACUGGGCCAUAGAGGUGAACUACGGUGAUCUCUGGAUCGGGCUACCUAAUGUCCGACCUAAAACCAAUCAGCGCUGGCUUGCGACGCACAUACGCCAGGUCUGCGCGCAGCUGCGCGUGUGCCGCGUUGCCGAUCUAGGCUACGACCGAUUCGUGAGGAGAGGGAUUAUCGAGGCACCCGCGACCGUCAAAUACGACCUUCACGACCCUUGCGGGCUCAAACGCACUCUGGAGCAGCGCUUUGUGGAGGUCGUCAUGGGUUACGAGCAGCCCGCCGCACCAGAUGGCUCUCCCAUGAUCUACUACCCAGCAGAGGAGACCCAAGACAGAUGGACGAUGGCCGACCGCAAGCGCCCUGAAGAAAUCGCUGCCAAGGACUGGAACGCAUCGCUAUAUUCGUUGAGAGAGCGCCAUCCGACCUCGGCUUUGCAAAAGACCAUCGACGGCAAGUUUGUGAACUGUAAUCCGUGGACGCUAAAGAUGCUUCGCAAUUUCUCCGACCGUGCAUGCGAAGGCCUCAGAGAGCUCAACUUGAUGCGGAUAGAGGAGCGCCGGGAAAGCGAGGAGAGCCAAGAGAACCAAGAAAGCCAAGGUUAAGUCUUGGAUGUGAUGAAUGGAUGGGGUCGACCAAAAGGACGAGUAGUCGAUGCCCCCACGAUGAAUAUCCCCCUUUGAAUUGUUGUUGGAAAUGAGAUGAUAUGGAAUGAUACCCCUUCCCCUUUUAUCCCCUACAUAUUUAUCACCCUAUACCCCUUUUUUUUUUCUCUCCGAUUACGAUAGCUACUUCUCUAAAGUUCGUUAAGCACUUAGGUAGUCUCU